AUGACGCUGACACCAACAUCCUCCGUGGCAGUCCUCGGUUUGGCCAAUAUGCGGUACGAGCAAGAGCCACCGGGCGUACCCUCUAACGCUGGGUUUCCCCCACAGCCGCAGUAUUCCACACAAAGUAUCACUUCCCACAGCGCGAUAAAUAACAGCAACUCGCCGGUGACUCCCGCCAUUGGAUUGGCAAUCCCAACGGUUUAUACUACGACACUGGAUCGCCAAGGUUUAGCCAGCAGCAGCGGCAGCAGCAGAGGUCGGGGUUUACCGACGCAUCGAGAUGCGGCAGCAGAACAAAGUGGCCAGCAGUCUCUGAACGGAUUAGCGAAUCACCCGAUUGGCCGUUACUUGAGCUUGCUGGAGCUGCAGCAGCAUGGGCGGCUGCAGGGUAAUGGUGAAGUGGGCGCGAGGUCGCCGCUGGGCUUGCCGCUGGGAGCUGUGCCGUCGGCGCUUCCAGCGUAUCUCAACUCAAAAGUGCCGAUUUCAACCAUCGCCACGACACCCGCUGUCUUUGUCAGUGCCAGUUUUGCAGACCAAACUCGUCUGCUAUUGGUGGCUAUUGGUGACUUUUACCAGUAA